GAGAGAGAGAGAAAGAGAGAGAGAGAGAGAGCACCAUACUUCAAAUUCUGGAACUUUAACCCCUAAAAGUGUCUCUCUGAAAACAGCUGGCUGCUUCCCAAGGCUCUCUCAAGUCUCCCAGCUUUUCUUCUCUAGGGGUGCAAGGGUAGAGUCAGAUACUGAGAUCGUAGGGUUUAGGGAUGAUCCCAGAUCUGCUAUUUAGUCUCUCUAAGCCCUUCUUUAAAAGUAUUUGGGGCUAGCGAACAGCCAGCGAGCUGUGGAGGAGGUGUGUGCUGGAGGUGGGCAGUCGCUGGGAGGAUCUAGCGGUGGAUACUUCUUCGUAGCAACAGUAGCAGCUAGCUUGGGCAAGCAGUCCCCAGCACAAACUCCAGAGACACUAUGCCUGCACCCCCACCUGGCCUCCGGCUUUCCUGCUAAGAGGAAGAGGGGCGGUGGCGAAUGCAUCCCGCUGUACAGAGCGAGAAUAGAACCUCGCGCGGGCACAGGAACCCGGGCGCACCAUGGCCGAUACAGAUGAGGGCUUCGGCCUGGCGCGCACGCCUCUGGAGCCUGAUUCCAAAGACAGGUCUUGCGAUUCGAAAGCCGAGAGUGCUCUGGGAGCUCCCAGCAAGUCUCCAUCAUCCCCGCAGGCCGCCUUCACCCAGCAGGGCAUGGAAGGAAUCAAGGUCUUUCUUCACGAACGAGAACUGUGGCUGAAGUUCCACGAAGUGGGCACAGAGAUGAUCAUCACCAAGGCAGGGAGGCGGAUGUUUCCUAGUUACAAAGUGAAGGUGACUGGCCUUAAUCCCAAAACGAAGUAUAUUCUUCUUAUGGAUAUUGUUCCCGCAGACGACCACAGAUAUAAAUUUGCUGAUAACAAAUGGUCCGUAACUGGCAAAGCAGAGCCUGCCAUGCCGGGUCGCCUUUAUGUGCACCCGGACUCCCCAGCCACCGGAGCCCACUGGAUGCGACAACUUGUCUCCUUCCAGAAACUCAAGCUCACCAACAACCACCUGGACCCAUUUGGACACAUUAUCCUGAACUCCAUGCACAAAUACCAGCCCCGAUUACACAUCGUGAAAGCAGACGAAAAUAAUGGGUUUGGUUCAAAGAACACUGCGUUUUGCACCCACGUCUUUCCGGAGACAGCUUUUAUCGCUGUGACUUCGUACCAGAAUCACAAGAUCACACAGCUGAAAAUUGAGAACAACCCCUUUGCCAAAGGCUUUCGGGGCAGUGAUGACCUGGAGCUACACAGGAUGUCUCGGAUGCAAAGUAAAGAGUAUCCUGUGGUCCCCAGGAGCACCGUGAGGCACAAAGUCGCCUCCAACCACAGCCCCUUCAGCAGCGAGACUCGAACUCUCUCCACCUCGUCCAAUUUAGGGUCUCAGUACCAGUGUGAGAAUGGUGUCUCUGGCCCCUCCCAAGACCUUCUGCCCCCACCUAACCCAUACCCAUUGGCCCAGGAGCACAGCCAAAUUUACCACUGUACCAAGAGGAAAGAUGAAGAAUGUUCCAGCACCGAGCACCCCUAUAAGAAGCCGUACAUGGAGACAUCCCCCAGCGAGGAGGACACCUUCUAUCGCUCGGGCUACCCGCAGCAGCAGGGUCUGAGUACCUCAUACAGGACAGAGUCGGCCCAGCGGCAGGCCUGCAUGUAUGCCAGCUCUGCUCCACCCAGUGACCCCGUGCCUAGCCUGGAGGACAUCAGCUGUAACACAUGGCCCAGCAUGCCCUCCUACAGCAGCUGUACAGUCACCACCGUGCAGCCCAUGGACCGUCUUCCCUACCAGCACUUCUCUGCUCAUUUCACCUCGGGGCCCCUGGUCCCUCGGCUGGCUGGCAUGGCCAACCAUGGUUCUCCCCAGCUCGGCGAAGGGAUGUUCCAGCACCAGACCUCAGUGGCCCAUCAGCCUGUGGUUAGGCAAUGCGGGCCUCAGACUGGCCUUCAGUCUCCAGGCAGCCUCCAGCCCCCCGAGUUCCUCUACACUCACGGCGUGCCCAGGACCCUGUCCCCCCACCAGUAUCACUCAGUACAUGGCGUCAGCAUGGUGCCAGAGUGGAGCGAGAAUAGCUAAAGGCCGACCUAUGCCAGAGAGGGGGUGGGGGGCGGGAGAGAGAGAGAAAGAGAGAGAGAGAGACAGGAGAGGAGAGAGAAGUGAGGAACAGUAGCGAUGAGAACCCCGCAGAUGCGAAGCUCUGUAUCACCCAUUGUAACCUCCGUGCCGAAGCUCCACCGCCACUGAUGAGAUCAGUGGCCCGAAGCCACCAUUCCAAAAUUGUGACUCUGCGUCUCAGAACCGACAGGACAGACAGAAAGAGAGACGAGUCCCAUCCUGCCCUGCGCCCACCCUCAUCCAACCAGGAACACACACAGCACCCCAGACUUGUUCCCCAAUUGUUUCUCUUGGGUUCUAGACCAUAUUGCCUCACUGAGUGUUGGACCCCCGACCGCACAGUGAGAGGCAUUCUGUGUCUCGGUGUUAAAUGUUGACUUUGUUAUAUAAUAAAUAAUAAUAUAUUUUUUCUUUGAAAAUUUCUUACUGGGACCCAGUCCCUUGAAUGGAGGGAGAGCAGAGACAGAGAUGUCUCCAAACACGUACUUUUGGGACUUCCCUCCGAUAAAUGAGCUAAAAUGUACAUCGGCCACCCUCCUCUAACAAAAAAAAAAAUACCUACCUCCGUCCCGUGAGAUGUCUACGAAGGUCGCAGAGUUACCUGCUAGUUUUUGGACUGGGUUUUGCUUUUUCUCCUUUUGGUUUGGUUCUGCCUCCCCAGCGUUGUGGGAUUCAGAGUUGCCUUCUACUGAGCAGAUGGAGCUAGGAUGUCGGGCUUAGUCUGACAUCCUGUCUCCUCAGCACCAUUUCUUCCCAGCUCCAGAUCUCUCCAGCCAUCUGUGGCUAAAGCGGGGCCUAGAACUCCUCAGCCGGAAACCUUGCUUCCAUAAACUGAAAGAGCCCUGGGUGACACGGGAACAGAGCUGUGACACAGCGCAAGGGCCCAAGCUCCCCGCUUACACGUUGUAGGGGAGAAAAGGAAAGUGAAAAAUAUACCUUGUGAUUAAAAAGAAAAAAAAUGAACAGUGACGUCAGCGUCAACCCCAGGCUGGCUCAAACCUCCUCUGUGACCCCCGGAUGCAGGGCAAAACAGCUCCAGAUGCCUCAGGAGAGGAAACUGUCACCGGUGCCUCGGCCUCCAAGAAAUCCCCAGCGCCAAUCACCUGGGACACAAAACCACACGCAUCAAAAGCAGAAAAACAGUAUUAAAAACAGUAUAGAAGUACGACGUUAUUGUAGGGUUUCUCAGAUGUAAUAUUUUUACUGGUACUAUUUAUUUAUAAAUAGGAAUUCUAAUUAAGUAGUAACAUGAAACCCAGCCUGGGGGCUGACCAAAACCUUUUAAUUUUAUUUGGUACUCAAAACUGCGUUUGUGUUCCCUCUCUCUCUCUCUUUCCUUUCUUGAUUUUUUUUUUAAAAAAAUUUGUUCCUUUUCUUUCUCCUACCUUCCUUCCUCCCCCCCCCACCACCUUUUUAAAACUGACCCUAAUAAACAGAACAGGGUAAUCUAUGUGGCUGAGAAUGUGGAAGUCUGUGAGUGACUGUUUGCGCCUGAGCGUCCUAGGUGAUCUUGUCUUUUUAUGUCGCUAAGGGAGGGGGGGUGAAUAAUCAAGUACUCAUUUCUUACAUUUGUGCGCCCAUUAAUGCCUAAUAAACACCAUGUGCUUAAAAGAGUUUACAAGA